CCCCAGCUCCAUCCGACAGCGGAUUGAGCGCUACAUCAUGUUGAGCACAAGUGUCGCGACAGCUCGGCAGACACCAGUCCUAGAGGAGCUCUCGGCCGCCGCAAUUCCAGACUAUCUUGUCUAUCUCAACGUCGCCUGGCUGCACCUCUGCUUGAAGCCCUUCUCCUACCUACCACCUACCUCGACUGGCCUCCCCACGCGCAUCCGCCACGGCCACACCCCGGCGUGCCUAAACGCCGCACCCCUGUCGCUCCCUCUCUCCCAGACAUGUCUUCAUAGCGGCCAGCUCGUCAAGAAGUAUGAAGGUAGUCCUGCCCGGGAAACCCGCCUCGUCCCACUCGACGGUCUCGACAGGCUUUUGGGCUUCGCGGCGCAUAAUCGCCUACAUCACUGGCAAUGCCUUCGCCAUCCUCUCGGACCACCAGACGUUGCUACAGACGGUCUAUGACGAUGACGAGUCCCCGCUGCGCGCCAUCGCGUUCGACGAGGCGUCGGGCAAGAUAGCCACCGCCACCGACCGCCAUGUCCGGAUAUACAAGCCCUUUGGGCUGGAGGACGAUGCUCUUCGGUGGGCAUUGCAGUCGCUCAUUGAGCCAUUCUCAGACGACGACUCCUCCCCCUCCUCGACCGCACCCGUAUCGCUAUCGUGGGGCGCAUCAGAGGAGCUGCUAGUUGCGCGCGCAUCGCUCAAGCUGUACCAGACCUCAUCCACACCCUCGUGCUCGUGGUCCAAGCGACUGGCGGCCCCGGCCAAAUGUGCCAGUCUUUCGUACGAUUCGGCCUACAUCGCCUGCUGCGGCUACAGCGACCGGCUCGUCAAGGUGUGGCGGCGCCUCAGUUUCGGCUCCGACGACGUCUGCUUCGACUUUGCCUAUCUCCGCCACCCCGCGCCCGUGACCAGGAUACAAUGGCGUCAACCCUACGACGUCAACCAGACCAUCGAGAAUGUGCUCUACACCUUCUGCGCCGAUCAGAGCGUCCGCAUCUGGUCCGGCUCCGAGUCGCACCACAGCGGUCAGCACCUCCAGCUUUGGGGCACUCUCGACCUGGAGGAGUCCCUCCGGGGCAGACACCCGCAGCGCCCCGACGAGCCGCUUACGCGCUGGGCAUUUAUAGUGCACGGCAGGGACAUAUCGGCUGCCGCGGAGACGGCAGUCCAGGAGAGCGCCACGGGUCAGGCGGACGACGACAUGGGGCUGCAGCAUGUCGUGGAAGUGGCGAACCGCAACCCAGAGCUGUGCAUGGUGCUAGACACGGCGGGCGGAAUGUCGGCCUGGGCGCUGGAGAACAUUGGUAGCAGGACGGCGCAGAGGGCGGGCCGCAUCUUCAACGCGGCACAUAUCUACUCCAAGGACUUUGACUUUGCGCGCAGCCUGUCGCUCCCAGCUGACGCCCACGUCGAGGUGCAAAGCUACUGCAACAAGGCGGGCGGGCACCUCCACCUGCUGCUACACGACUUCCGUGGAACCAUCCACGUUUACGAGGCCAACAUGGCCGACAUGCUCCACCAGGCCUCCACGGCACCCCGCCUGCGCCUAAAGGGCUCUUGGUCAGGGCACUCGACGUCGGUGCAAAAGAUUGUGCGGAACUACAGUGGCCAUGCCAUCGUUUCGAGGACGCGGGACGGCGAGAGCUCCGUCUGGACGCACAAGCUCGGCGCUCGGUCGACAUCGCUGUCCCAGCUGGCAUUGACCCCGACUAGCGAGCAGGGGCACAUCCACCGUAUCUGCGUCUUGCGCAAGGGACGUUUUGUCGUCUUCCUACACCAUGACUCUAUCACCCUUUGGGACUGCCGUCCGCCGGGCCCACCGGGCCUUCUCGGCCGGUGCACCUACAGUGUUGGUGGAAAGCCCCUUUGCCUCCUGAUACUGCCUCGCCAGCGGCCUGGGGACUCGUCAGUAGCGCAUGUCGCUACUAUAACGUCGGAGAAGCAGGGGAUAGUUUGGACCAUGAGCCUUCCGCUGUACGCGGUAGGCGGCGGCCAAGCACCGCCGGUCAACGGCCACGGCAGUGCGCGACCAGCCGUGACGGAAUUCUGCCGUUUCAGUCUGCAAGGGACCGAGGAUCUGGCCUAUGUCUUGCCUGUAGACCCGGCCGGAUCCUCCCCGGUGAUAUCUGGGUUCCUCGAUGUGUUUGCGCGGGACGUGGCUGUGUCGUACACGCGCGAGGGGCGGGUUGAUUUCCUGACGGCCCGUGUCGAUCCAGAGCAGAAGCGCGUGGAGUGGCUGACGACGUGUUCGAUGGAGACUGGGCUUGUCGAGCCCUCGCUUGUUAGCGGCAGCACCCUGAAGAGGGCGGCUCUUGUCAACUCGUCCAGGUCGGCCGUCACCAUCUGGGACAUACGGGGCGCCAGGCUGGAGUACACACAAGACUUUGAGAGCCAGAACUCCAUCAACGAUCUGGACUGGACGUCGACGCCCGACUCUCAGUCAGUGCUAGCCGUGGGCUUCCCGCACCGCAUCCUCCUGCUCUCGCAGCUGCGGUUCGACUACCUUAAUAAGGGCCCUGCCUGGGCGCCAGUGCGCGAGAUCAGCAUCCGCGACAUGACGCCGCACCCCAUCGGCGACUCAACGUGGCUAGGCGACGGCCACCUGGUCAUCGGCGCGGGAAACCAGCUCUUUGUGCACGACAGGCAGUUCGACCCGGCCAGCUCUCUCAUCACCAGCCUGCGCCUCCCGCACCGCAAGGACGGCAGCCUCGAUUUGUUCGAUGUUGUGAGGCGGCUGAACGGGCCCCUGCCCGUCUUCCACCCCCAGUUUCUCAGCCAGUGCAUGCUCGCGGGCAAGACCACGCUGGUGCAUCGUAUCCUGACGUCGCUGGACACGACGCUCAAAUACUGGGUUGAGGGCGAGACUAUAGAUGACUAUCUGGGGCUAGACAUGGAGUUCUUUUAUGGCGCGCAGAGCCCGACGCACGACUACAAGUCAGACCCGAACUCGAGCACAUUUUUCGCGCCAGGGUCAAUGCAUGACGCGGUUGGUGAAGAGUUCAACGAGCAGGUGGCCGACUCGAUCAACUCGAGACUCACAAAGGUGGCGCUGCCGCAGCUCUCGGGCCACGAGCAGAUCCAGCUGGUGGACAUUGUCGAGUGCGCGGGCCUCGUCGAGACGCAGCGGCGGUCCAUGGACGACAACGGGGCGCGGUACAUGCUCUUCUACCGGCAGCACGCGCUGCGCAAGGGCAGGACCAGCGAGAUCCACAUGUCGUGGCGCGAGAUCAACUGGGCGCACCACUCGACCAGCCAGGACAUACUGGUGGACUUUGUGACGCGGCAGAACCACGGGUCGCUGCGGUGGGAGAGCGCGCGCGAGAGCGGCAUGUUCAUGUGGCUGUCGGACGCGGCGGCGGUGCGGCGGCAGUUCGAGGUGGUGGCGCGCAACGAGUACACGGGCAGCGAGGACAAGAACCCCGUCGACUGCAGCCUCUUCUACCUGGCGCUGCGCAAGAAGGCGGUGCUGCAGGGCCUAUGGCGCAUGGCGAGCUGGAACCGCGAGCAGGCCGCGACGCAGCGGCUGCUGGCAAACAACUUUGACGACCCCAGGUGGCGCACGGCCGCGCUCAAGAACGCCUACGCCCUCAUGAGCAAGCGCCGGUUCGGCUACGCCGCCGCCUUUUUUCUGCUGGCGGACCACCUGCAGGACGCGGUCAACGUGUGCCUCAACCAGAUCAAGGACGUGCAGCUCGCCGUCGCCAUCGCGCGCGUCUACGAGGGCGACGACGGCGGGCCCGUCCUGCGAAGGCUGCUCGAGGAGGAGGUCCUGGCCAUCGCGGCCCAGGAGGGGAACCGAUGGCUGGCCUCGUGGGCGUUUUGGAUGCUGCGCCGGAGGGACAUGGCUGUGCGGGCCUUGAUUACGCCCGUCUACGCCCUACUCGAGACACCCUACUCCCCGGACCUCAAGUCCAAGCUCUUCCUCACCGAUGACCCGGCCCUGAUCGUGCUGUACGCCCAGCUGCGGCAGAAGACGCUGCAGACGCUCCGGGGUGCCUCAAAGGUCACCCCCAAGGUGGAGUGGGAGUUUGUCCUGCACAACGCCCGCCUGUACGACCGCAUGGGCUGCGACCUGCUCGGGCUAGGUCUGGUCCGAAAUUGGGAGUUCCUCGGCUCCAGCCGCGCCACCCCCGGCCUGGGCGGCGACAUCGACCCCCUCAAGCUCCUCCGCCGCCGCAGCUCGCUCGUCGUGGCCGACAUGCCCGUCGCCCCGCUCUCGCCCACGGAGCGGCGCGCCGCGGCCAGGGGCGGCGCCCACCAGCCCCCGCCCAGCGUCUUUGAGGAGCCCGACUCCAACUCGCUCCUGGACAGCUUUGGGUUCUGAAGCAAUAAGGAAUUAGAAAAAGGAAGGGGGAUGAGAGGAGCGUAUUUGGGAGGGGGUAAUGAAUGUCCUGUUUGGCUUGUUGGCGCGCGCGCGUCUUGUCUGGGUUCGGCGUUGCAGGCAUGUGUGCAAGGGCUGCCCAGGCGCCAGAUCAGGCUCAUGUUACACAUGCUACUUUUCUGUAUAUUGUAACAUUUAUAAACCGCCAGCAUCGACUUUUGGAUUCGCAUUCUUUUACAAGACCGAGGUCACCUCGCAUGUAUUGCCAAAGUAGAGAGGUGUCACCAUCGACUUGUUCAACCUUUUGCCUGCUUGGG